AUGUUAUAUUUUCUUUUUAUUAACAUUAUAUUUACUCUUAUUAUAUCUGGUUCAUGGUGUAGAAAUAUAGAAAAAAUUAUUGUACCAGCAGGAGAAUCAUUUUCAUUUGAUUGUCAACAAGAUGAAUCAGUUUUUUUUGGACGAAAAUUACAUGAUUGGUCAGAAAUACAAAACAAUGAUGAUAGAUAUUCAAAUUUAAAUUUAAAUUUAAAUUAUAUAAAUGAAGAAAAUGUUUUACGUGUUACAUCGAAUUCAGCCGACUCACAAAAUAUUGGAUAUUAUGGUUGCGGUAACUCAAAAUUGAAUAAAAAGACAAUGAGUCGUGUUUAUCAACUGAUUUUAGCCGAUGUUGACUUAUUUUAUUGGAGUUAUAUAUGUCAUGGUCAACCUGGUGCAUGUAUGAAUUUCAAUGAUCCAGCAGAUGAAACUCGAAGUACAUUUGAAGUUGCUGAUCAAACUUAUGUUGAUUUAUCUUGUUGUGCAUCUGUUACGGGUUAUGAACAUAUAAAUAUUAAAAUGAACCAAGUAGGAGAAAAUCAAGACAGAAUUACUAUAAAAAGAAAACAAGAACUUGAUGGAUCAUGGGUUGUCUGUGCUAAUCAACAUACUUUAUUUAAACGAUCAUAUUCAAGAUUUCCAGAAAAGUUAACAUGUGAAUUAAUGAUCGCUAAUCGAGUACAUUCAUCUCUAACAAGCGUUGUUGAAAUCAAAGAUGCUAUGCCAGUUAAUCCUGAUAUUGGUUCACCUAAUAGUUUUACACCAUCUUCAAAAGAUGGUCGAGAUGAUGAUGAAUAUUUUAAUGGUCAACAACCUUCCAAUGAUGGAAGACGAGGAAAAUUAACGAUCGCUUUAAAAAAAUCUCAAACAAAAAAACCCCAAGAAUAUUCAGUAGUUAGUACACAUGAAAAAUCAAGUACAAAAGAAAAACAAAAUCCAAAAGAAGAAGAAUCUAUUUAUAUCGAACCAACACCAUUGUAUGAAAAUUCACCUGUGUUUUUACGGCUCUAA